AUGGAGGAAACGUUUCGAACGUUUCACAGGGUUUUAUCUUUUGCUGGGAUAUCUAUUUUCUCCAAAACAAGUAGGAGCACCAAGAGAUGGUUGCUACUACAGAUUUUAAAUUUUGUUAUCGGUUUUUUAACGUUCAUAUUCACUUCUGCAUUUGCAAUUGUUCACUUCAACAAUAUGCUCUUGUUUAUCCAAGGCGCCUGCAUUUGGACGACAGGAGUUAUCAUGUUCAUAUCAUUGGGAGUUUGCUUGCUUUUCCGGAAAAAGUUCCAUAUGUUUCUUAGUGAAAUGGUGUUUGAAGAUGGAAUGCUGGAUAUGCCUUUUAUAGAAUAUGUUUUAAGGAAUGAGAAAAACGGAAAAUUAAACGAUCUAAAGGAACUUGUCAUAAAUUCUCAAGAUAAGCUUUUCUAUUAUACAAGGAUAUUACUAAAAGUGUAUGUUACUAGCGUGUGGCUGACUGCAACGUUGUAUUUAUGUGGCCCAAUUUAUCAAAUGUCUAUUUCGGAUGAUAAUUCGCUGCGCUUACUAGCGUUCGAUAUGUGGUUCCCGUGGAGUUUAGAAAACUUCAAUGUAUACAUUGCUUCUUUCUUAUUUCACGCAUAUGCUGGCUAUCUGUGUUGUAUCGCAUAUCCAGGACUGCAGUCGAUGAUAAUCCUUUUAGUUGGACAAACUAUUCGUCAGUUGCGGAUUAUAACUUUUAUUCUUCAAAAUUUGAAUGACCUGUCUACGCAGAUAGUAGAAGGAAAGGAAGAAAAUUGGCAACCAUGCUGUACAGAAAUUUUUAAACAGUGUAUCACUCAUUAUGUAAAGAUAAAAAGGUUUACCAAUCGACUUAAUAUCAUUUGCCAACCGUUCUAUUUGACUUUAAUACUGGUUGCUAUUAUGCUUGUCUGUAUGUGUUCAGUGAAAAUAGCUGUAUCCGAUGUAAUAUUCUCCGCGGACGUAAUGAAAUAUUUCGUACAUGAAUUUUGUUUUAUUCUUGUUGUUUUAAUGUUUUGCUUAUUGGGUCAGAAAGUUGAAAAUGAGUGCGAAAAACUGGAAUUAGCAGUCACCGAAAAAUGGUACCUAUAUGACAGAAAUCAUAAAAUUAACGUUUUGAUUUUUAAUAUGGCAGUGAGUCAAAGAAUGCCCAUAUACAUAUUUGGGUCUGUAACUCUGUCGUUACCAACAUUUACAUGGUUUAUAAAGACUGGAAUGUCUUUUUUUACAUUAGUGAUGUCAUUACUGGAGGGUUAA